AUCAACUUGUUCUUUUAAUUCUUUUCUCAACUCGUUCAGUGAUUCAGUGAAAACUGUGUUGAGUGUUAGCCUAUACGUAGUUACAGACUUACAGUAUUUCAGCAUUGUUUCAUCUGAACUUGCAGCGGUAGUGACCGGAAAAGAUGAAGUUCGGGAAGGAAUUCGCGUCUCAGAUGGUGCCAGAAUGGCAAGAUGCGUAUAUGGAUUACGGUUACUUGAAGACUCUUUUGAAAGAACUGCACCGUUUCAAACACAGGAACAAGCCGCCGGCUGCUCCCGGGCUAAAGCGAAAGCUAACACUGUAUAGAGCUUUCAGUGGCUUAACACAAAGGCACCACCAUCAUAACCCGACAAGUCCAUCGUCACCCGACGAUAUUGAAAGUCAUCCCAUUUUGGUGAAUUCCGUCGACCGGAAUGGGUCGCGAAGUUAUGAGACUACGUUCUUGAUGACGACGGAGGAAGGAGGAGAGUAUGAGCUGGUGUACUUUAGAAGGCUUGAUGAUGAGUUCAAUAAAGUGGACAAGUUUUAUAGGGUUAAAAUGCAGGAGGUGAUGAAAGAAGCUGAUGUUUUGAACAAGCAAAUGGAUGCUUUGAUUGCUUUUAGGAUUAAAGUUGAGAAUCCUCCCGGGAUUCAUUUCGACAGGUCGGUGGAGAUGACUCGUCUUGCUUCGGAUAUUGCAGCUUCUGCUGCUGCACUCUCGGCUUCUACUCCAUCUGGUGCAAAAUCAGCGAGCAAAAGGGCACCUCACCUGGAAGCCAUUGAAGAAAGCAUCCAUGGUCAAGCCAAUGACGACGACAAUGGUGAUGAGAAAGAGAGAAAUACUCCGAUCGAAGAACCCAAACCAGCGAAACCCGAAGUCAAGGUCAUCAGACCCGCUCCACUUGAAAUACUUGACCGGGUGAAAAUGAACAAUCACCUCGAGACUCCUCGUUCCACCAUUAAAGGUGUCCUCAAGGUUGAAAAACAUGCCGAGUUGAGUUUCAGUAGGGAAAAUCUAAAAAAAAUUGAAGAACAACUUAAGCGUGCUUUUGUUGAAUUUUACCAUAAGCUUCGCCUGCUUAAAAGUUACAGCUUUCUGAAUACAUUGGCGUUCUCCAAAAUAAUGAAGAAGUAUGAUAAGAUCACUUCCAGAAAUGCAUCAAAAUCUUACAUGAAGAUGGUGGAUAACUCCUACCUAGGUAGCUCUGAUGAGAUUACAAGGCUCAUGGAGAGGGUUGAAGCAACAUUCAUCAAGCACUUUUCAAAUGCAAACCGUUCCAAGGGAAUGAGCAUUUUAAGACCCAAAGCAAAACGAGAAAGGCAUAGAACAACCUUUUCAACAGGUUUUUUCGCUGGCUGUUCAGCCUCUCUUGUUCUAGCCCUUAUUCUGAUCAUACGUGCCCGUAACAUUAUGGAUAGUGAAGGAAAGAGCAAAUACAUGGAAACCAUGUUUCCUCUUUAUAGUUUGUUCGGAUUCAUUGUUCUACACAUGUUAAUGUAUGCUAUCAAUAUAUACUACUGGAGGAAGUACCGAGUCAACUACGCCUUCAUAUUCGGUUUCAAGCCGGGAACCGAAUUGGGUUAUCGACAAGUUCUUCUUCUGAGUUUUGGUCUUGGGGCAUUGGCAUUAGCUAGUGUGCUCUGCAACCUUGACAUGGAGAUGGAUCCCAAAACAAAAGACUACAAAGCAUUCACUGAACUUCUUCCUCUAAUGUUGGUUGUGUGUCUAUUUAUCAUCCUAUUCCUGCCAUUCAACAUCUUGUAUCGAUCAAGUCGAUUCGUCCUUCUCACAUGCUUGUUCCACUGUAUUUGCGCUCCUCUGUACAAGGUCACACUCCCAGAUUUCUUCUUGGCUGAUCAAUUAACUAGCCAGGUGCAAGCCAUUAGGAGCUUGGAGUUUUACAUCUGCUACUAUGGUUGGGGAGAUUUUAAACAUAGAGAGAACACUUGCAAAGAUAGCAGCGUGUAUAAUACUUUCUACUUCAUCGUGGCAGUGCUUCCAUACGUGGCUCGCUUCCUUCAGUGCCUGCGUCGCCUCUUUGAAGAGAAAGAUGCGCUGCAAGGACUCAAUGGAUUGAAAUAUUUCCUGACGAUCGUAGCUGUUUGUCUGAGAACAGCUUACAGCAUCAACAAGGGAAUAGGAUGGAGAAUAAUAGCCUGGAUCGUCUCAGCCAUUGCUGCAAUAUUUUGUACAUAUUGGGACUUGGUCUACGACUGGGGGCUUUUAAAUCGCGACUCCAAUAACUUUUUGCUGAGAGAUAAACUCCUUGUUCCUCACAAAAAAGUAUAUUUUGGAGCCAUGGGAUUGAAUGUUCUGCUGAGAUUUGCCUGGCUCCAAACAGUGUUGAACUUCAAGUUUACAUUGCAUCCGCAAACACUGACGGCAAUUGUUGCGAGUCUCGAGAUCAUUCGUCGUGGCAUAUGGAAUUUCUUCAGGUUGGAAAACGAGCAUUUGAAUAACGCCGGGAAGUAUCGAGCAUUCAAGUCUGUACCAUUACCGUUCAAUCAUGACGAGGACGAUGACAAAGACGAUUAAGUUUGUAGCCACCUGGUAAAGAGAAAUAAGUGAAGCUGGUGGUAGUUUUUGUCGGUCUAAUGUACGAAGUCCACGCUUUGUAACUUUCAAGAGGGGUCAUUGUACUAAUAACAAAAUGACAAAACAAA